ACCUCUCCAUUAUAAAAUUCACUUCGGCCAGUUCGGCGGAUGGAGAUUAGUGCGAGAUCGAUGUGCGAUUGGAUGAUAGUUGACAUUUGAAUGCUUAGGUGUGCAUAGAGAGUGGUGUAUAGCAAUCUGUGCGUGUGAGACAGAGAAUGUAUCCAUCAGACGUUGCUGUCGCUAUUGCAUCUCUUCAAUUGUUAUGAUUAACCUGUUGAUAUCAGGUCAUUUGAGUGCGGCAAAAUAAACAAAUAAAAAUAAACAUUUUUUGGGCACGGAAUGCGAUUUAUAAUCGGUCGUAUCUACUGGAAUACGGAAAAGAAAAGCAAGGAGGAAUUUUACCAAUAUUAAUUCGUUUAAUUUGGGCGACCACGAUACGUCACGCGGGUGUUAUCGGCCUAUGGGCCUCUCCAGUGAACGGCAAAAAGGCGGGGGGAAAGCCCGGGCCCCCAGCUAUGCGCCACACGGGACUAGGAAAAUUAGGGGGGCUCAUCAACACAGCUGUACAUGCCACCAAACGUGCCCCAACUCCAGGCAAUGGAGACGUACAGUGGUGCUUUGCUCAGGUGAAGGGAACGCUAGACGAUGACGUGACCGAGGCUGAUAUAAUUUCUUGCGUGGAGUUCAACCACGACGGUGAACUUUUGGCGACAGGCGACAAAGGAGGCCGCGUGGUGAUCUUCCAGCGUGAUCCGUCGUCAAAGACAUCAUUUCCACGGCGCGGCGAGUACAACGUCUACUCAACGUUCCAAUCUCACGAGCCAGAAUUCGACUACCUCAAAAGUCUCGAGAUUGAAGAAAAGAUCAACAAGAUCCGAUGGCUGAAACGUCGCAAUCCGGCCCAUUUUCUCUUGUCGACCAACGACAAGACCAUCAAGCUAUGGAAGGUGUCGGAAAGGGACAAGAAGGUGGAGGGAUAUAAUACUCGGUCAGAAAACGGCUCGCUGAUCGAUCCGACAAAUGUAAACUCGUUAAGGGUGCCAACUAUUAAACCCAUGGAGCUGAUGGUGGAGGCGUCGCCGAGGAGGAUUUUCGCCAACGCGCAUACUUACCACAUCAACUCCAUUUCGGUCAAUUCGGACCAAGAGACGUACCUAUCGGCCGACGAUCUGCGGAUCAACCUCUGGCAUCUAGAGAUUACCGAUCAAAGCUUUAACAUUGUAGAUAUCAAGCCGACGAAUAUGGAAGAAUUGACCGAAGUCAUUACGGCGGCGGAGUUUCAUCCGGUCGAGUGCAACCUGUUUGUUUACAGUAGUAGUAAGGGUACAAUUAGGUUAUGUGACAUGAGGGCGGCGGCCCUCUGCGACAGACAUGCUAAACUGUUCGAGGAACCCGAAGAUCCGACGAACAGGAGUUUCUUUUCCGAAAUUAUAUCGAGUAUUUCCGAUGUUAAGUUGUCGAAUAACGGCAGAUACAUGAUAUCUAGAGACUAUUUAUCGGUUAAAGUUUGGGAUCUACAUAUGGAAACCAAGCCAAUAGAAACGUAUCCAGUUCACGAAUAUCUAAGGUCGAAGUUGUGUUCACUGUACGAGAACGAUUGUAUAUUCGAUAAGUUCGAGUGCUGCUGGAACGGCAAUGACAUGGCAAUAAUGACUGGUUCCUAUAACAAUUUCUUUAGGAUGUUCGAUAGGACAACGAAACGGGAAGUGACGCUGGAAGCUUCGAAGGACAUCGCCAAACCUAAAACAAUAUUAAAACCGAGAAAAGUGUGUUCGGGAGGCAAACGUAAAAAAGAUGAAAUUAGUGUGGACUGUUUAGAUUUUAAUAAAAAAAUAUUACAUACAGCCUGGCAUCCUACAGAGAAUAUCAUUGCAGUGGCGGCAACUAAUAACUUAUUUUUAUUUCAGGAUAAGUUCUAGUGUAAUUAAUCAAUCAAUUAAUUUCUCGUCUCAUAUUCAGAUUGAUUUCGAUUUUCUUUAAUUGAUUGUGGCAGCAAUGCUCUAACUGUCAAAGGUAUUUUAAUGUUAAUUUUAUCAUGCAACGGAAUUUUAAUAUACAAGCUUCGAUUGUAAUUGUGAUAUUGAAGAUGUGGUAUUGCAAAAUUAUUUUUAUUUAAAGAAAGAUCCUGAUUUGUACGGCUGGAUAUUUUUCUUAAAUCCAAACAGUUUACCUCUAAUAGCGAAAUUUGUACAUGUUUUUUUAUAUUCUUUUUUAUAAACCAAUAAAAUAUUACCACUUUUUUGUGUGCUUUUUUUGUGACCAGUGGCAAUGUCUGCUUGUGACGAUAUUAGAGGGAAACUAACAAACACAUGUAAAUGUUGUUAUUUGCUUGCUACUGAUUUCGUUGUAUGGUAUUUUAAUGUAACAUAUUAGCCAUUAAAUCUAUUGAAAUAUUGUACAAAAUGUAAAUAAUAUAUACAGAAUUACUUUUUUUACCAGUAUGUUUUUCCAGUGUGUAAUUUACACUUUUUAUUUUUUCAAUGUAGGUUUUUCAAGUGGGAAAAUUCUUUACUGAAUAUGGACGAUAUUAUGGAACGAUUUUGCCUUAGAGUGCCAUUUGUUAAAAUUUUUUCUUUGUUAUCACAUCAAUCGUGGCGGUAAAGCAUUGGCUUACAAGCAAAAAUCAUCCAAACGAUACAGUACAGUUAUUGUAAUGAUAAUUUAAGUUAAUUUUAAAUUAUAAUUUAGUUGUAAGAUGGUUAUUGAUAAUAAGACACCAAAUAAAUUGUUACGAGAUUUGGUUUACCUAGCAGUCACUUGAAUGUUCAAAUUAUUUUUGUUUGUUUUCUCUAAUUGUUUGCAAUUAUACAUUCCUUAAUUAAAAAUUGGGCAUAUUCUAAAUUGCUGUAACUCAUUCGAUUGUUAUACAUUUUCAAUAAUACAGAAAACUUAAUUUUA